AACUAUACUACACGCUCCAUUAUUGCUCAUAUCCAAAAGAAAAAGAAAAUGGAUUAUAUCGACUUUAUAUUUCUUGUUAUUCCUACUGGCGCAUUUUUUGGCUAUCGAAGUACGCCGUAUGAAAUUUAUAUUUCUAAGAAUGAAUCAGUCAGCGUAUUACAUACCAAAGUUCGUAAUAUCUUGUUACACGAGUACAGAAAUGCUUCUUUUAAUCUUCGUGCGGUUGAUGUUGAACUUAGAGAAUAUGUACACAUGGAACCUGAAAAAAAAAUCAGCGAUUAUUUGGAUAAAGUUCCUGCUGAAAUCUCGUUUCAUUUUCUCGUAGAGUCGGAGUCUCAUCUCCUUUAG